AUGAAGAACAGUUUCUUACACUCAAUCCAAUAUGAUUCCAUUGAUGAUUUGGUGGAUGAAAUCUUUCCUAAUCUUUUUCAUAAUUACAACAAUACAAAUUGGAUCUGUGAGCGAGCUAUCUUGACUCCAAAAAAUGUUGCUGUACAUAGCUUUGAUAACUCAAUUGACAAUGUUGUUGAUGAUCAGGAUAUUGUUAACUACCCCAUUGAAUUUUUGAACUCACUAGAACUACCAGGUACAGUUCCUCAUUGUCUUCACUUGAGAAAAGAGAUUCCUAUUAUGUUAUUGCAUAAUUUGUCUCAACCAAAAUUAUACAAUGGUACAAAAUUAAAUGUGCACAAACUUAUGAUGAACUGCAUUGAGGCAAAUAUUCUCACUGGUUGUGGUAAAGGUGACACUGUCUUCAUUCCUCACAUACCGGUUAUACCAUCUAAUGUCCCAUUCCAAUUUAAGCGGUUACAGUUUCCUAUCUCACUUUCUUAUGUCAUGAGCAUUAAUAAAAGUCAGGGCCAAAUACUAAAAGUUGCUGGAUCGCAACUUGAAGAGCCAUGCUUUUCACAUGGCCAACUUAUGGAGGAGCAUCAUGUGUGGGAUGAAAGACAAAACUUUUUGCCUAUUCACUUUUAA